ACGUUGCCCGGCUUCUCGGGAGGUUUAGUUGCCGCCUCGCAUCCGCCCUCGCCAUGCGCGACGAGUCCCGCAAACCAUCACCGUCACCGUCCUUCCAGGAGAAGGUCUCCAUCUACGAAAACGUCGUAUCUCGUAGCGCGUUGAUCGCGUCCGGCAGCGUGGGGCUGGUCCCCGUCGGAGCCCUGGGAGCGGACGAGAUGGUGCAGGAGGGGGAGGGGGCCGCGGGCGGGCUCAUCGCCCCGCGCCGCCUGCCCAACCCCUGCCUCGACAGCCCGCAGAGGAUGGACCUGCAUCGGGAGCUGUUGUUCAACCAAAAGAUAGGCAAGAACGUCCUGAACCAGAAGAGCGAACUACAAAAGGCCCUUUCAAAACACAAAGAAAAGCAGAUCUUAAAUCAAGUUAAGGAACACAAGGAAACGCCAGAACUAGAGCGAGCCAUAGCGGAGCGCGCGCGGCGGCUGGAGGCGGCGGCGCCGGCGCCGGAGCCGGACCCGGCCACCAACGCCACGCUGCAGGAGCUGCGCGCGCGCCUGCGCCACGCCGCCCCCAGUGAGCCCGCGGCCCGCUAGGUGCCGCUACUAGCUGCUUAAAUAUUAGUGCUAAUAUCGACACUAAUCGAACCCUGAAAAUUGGAGAGUGAACUGAAAUAGUGACCAUAGAAUGCCGCUCCUAAACUGCCAAAUUCUCGUUUUACUAGGCUUUUGAUAUUUUGGAAUUGCUCGACACUAGACAAGGUUCCUUUUAAAACAAGAAAAAAAAAGAGAAUCGUCAUACAUCCGAUAUUUAAAAAAUAAAUUUUGGUAUUAUGACAAUUUGAGAACAUGAUAAUUCAACCGUCAGCAAUGCCUAUAUUAUAAUGAUGUACCUAAAUGUGGGAGGUGCAAUAUUGCUAAUAAUUUUAUGGUAAUAGCUUAUGGAUAACAAAAAGAAAAUGACAAGGCACUGAGAAUUUAGUAUACAUAUUUCUGUAGGCCUAACAUAUGUUUUUCUAAUUGUGUUAAUUAGGGAGGGACGGGUAGCGUAACUCGCGGGCGAGAUACUGUCGCGCCGCUCCUGUGCUGGGCCUACUGUAGCGGCAUCUAGUAUAUUGUAGAUCAACCCCUUAUCUAAUUACAUGUUGUUAAUAUUUAUGCUUAGCAGUCAUCAGUAUUCAAUUGCCGUAAAAUUAAUAUUUACUAUGGCUAAAUCAUACCAUUUUUGGCUAAGCUUGAAUAUUGACAUAAAUAAUUUCCAAUUUCAUGUUGAGUAUUACAUUAAACUUCUCGUUACCUUCUUACUAAAUUCUGUAGUGAGUGAACCUAAAAAAAGUAUACAACAUUGCAGGUAAAGCCCUUUAUUCAAAAUGAAAAAAAAAAUUGUUUCAUUUUAUCUUGAAAGUAAUUUAAUAUUAUCAGUAACGACUAGAAUUAAAAUUAUAGCCAUGUUCUUUGUAGCCAUAAAUUAAGAUUCUGUAGACUAUAAAAUACUUGACGAAUAAUGGAAAUAAACAUAAAGUCGAUAUUAAGUGAGACUACUCGCGACAUCUAGUAAGGGCAUUCAGUAACUCGAGCCCCCUGCUGAGUAGGGUGACGGAAACUUCGGGCAUAACUUUAAUUUGAAGGGUUAUUAAAAUAUAAUAUUGUUGGUUGAAUGAGUGAUGCAAUAGCGGGUGUAUUGAUUAUAUAAAUAGCAUGAGCAAAUGUGGUAAUAAUGGUGAUGUGUGCAGUGUGCUUUGAAUGCGAGUCAUAGUUUUACGGCUAUUGGUUGACCUGUCGUACAGGUAUUUGGGAUUCACUUUGAGUGUCGCAAAUAUAGCGUUGCGUUCUUGGCAUUUUGAUUGCACUAUGUGCAUCGGUAAAAGUUGCUUUAGCGGCUACUUAGGUGUGAAUAUAAGGCGCUUCAAUCGUCGUUCGUACUAACUUUGGUUACACAAACUGUAUUAACGACGAUGGAAUCGCCGGAAGAACAACCCCAUAAAUUAUUUAUCUUCAGGACAGGAACUAUUAUUUUGUUACCGUAUAUUAAGUGCACUAUUAUUUCAGUUCGAUACUACGUAUACUUAUAAAUCUUAUAAUUAUCGUCUCGAACAAACGACUGAGAAGGGACUGCAUGAGGUAUCUAAUUAUAAUAAGGGUAACGUCGUGUAACCAAGAGAAUGAAAUAUUUUUCUAAACUUUUUAAUGUCACAAACUUAACAUUUUGUCGUCUGUAGAGUUCAUUUAUAAACAUUUACUGUUCUCGUUAACUCCUUACUUGUCUAUCAUAAUACCCAUGUGUAUCGAGGUAAUUGUGUAAUAUUAACUAUUUUAUUACAUACUUAUAGAGUAGGUAAAUGUUGAAAAAGAAUAUAGAAUGUAUUAUUAGUGAAAAUAACUCGUAAGCGUGAUUUAAAUGUAAUAAAUUAUUUUGAAUUACAAAAUAGAAUUCUUAUGAAUUGUAGAAUCAACGAUAUUAUAUUCAGAAACAAACCCAUAGAGACUUAGACCUAGUUUAUUUACAUAUAAAUAUUGCACAAGUAUCCAACUUCUAUGAACUUAUUAAGUGCACCAAUAACCUAUAGAUGACCAGUACGUUUAAAAGUGUUCAUAAAAGUGAUAGAUGAUAAUAUUUUUGUAUACAUCAUUAUUCCGUAGACUAAAUGUCUGCAGGAUUAAAUUUUUAUAAUGGUUGUUUUGUUUGGUUACCCUAGUCCUACGCUUUUUAAUUGGUUUUUAAAAAGUUAAUUACCUAACUAAAUGUAUGGAGUUAAAUUGAAAUCAUAAAUGCAUUCUAACGAGAUGCUUCGAAAUCAUAAUGAUACCAAAUCUUUAUGUAUGUCUAUUCAAGUUGGUUUAGGGCGUGUAACGAAUCUCUGGAUAAUUACUAUAUUAUAAAAUAACCACAUUCUACCUUUUAUAUGCUAUGCAGUGUCGUAUAAUUAUAAGUUAUAACUUUAUUUUUUGUUGCUCUCCAAAUAAAUGUACACAAAUGGUAUGACAGUUCAAAUUAUGACCAAUAAUGCUAACCCACUUAAAGGUGUAAUUUCUAAAAUAUUGGGUUCUCUCCAUUGUGCCUAUUAUAUAUACAUAUACGUAGUUGUUAUUUACUUUCAGAGUAUUAAUUAUUUAUAUCAGAUUAAGGUAGGGAUAUUAUAAAGGAUGAGAAUUCUCGAAAAGCUACGAAAUUUGCAUACCAUUCCACUUGUUAUUCUUUCACUUCGAUGUUUUUUUUAAAUUAUUAUUGGGAGCUGCUUUUUGUAUGUUAAGUGUUAAGUUGUUUGUGUCCUAGUACAAAGUCUUCAGUGCAGGGCUAUUGUUUACCUGAGCUUGUGUAAGCAACGUGGCCAUUUUAUUUUAAUAAUUUAAUGUGAAUUAUAGUAUUAAGUAAGUUACUCUUCGUAAUGGCAGACAACGUUUUCACAAUGAAAACUGUACCCCUAGUGUAAAUAAAUUCGAUUUCCAAACGUGACGUACGCGUUUGCGUUUAGUCUCAUUUUGUAUUGGAUUUCGAAAGAGCGCGCCAAGCGGGACGUUUUGGAAUCUCAAAAUCCUAUACAAAAUGAGACUUAACGCAAACGCGUUCGUCACGUUAUGAUGUCGAUCAAAGUUACACUAGGGGUACUGUAUUAAGAAUUCAAUAAUUUCUAUAGACAAAUAAAAGUGUUUUAGCAAAA